UUCUGAGCUGAAGUCAAACAUCAUGGUGAGGUUCCAGAUGUCUCCCCUCUCUGUGAAAAACAGUAACCAUGAAGCGGUACAUGCUGGGAGCGUUGCUGUGGCCGUCAUUGCUCAGGUGAUCUCAGACAUCUUCUGUUACCUGGCCAAGGACAGCAACGUGCCCAACGCUCUGUUUCAGACCUCCUCCAGGAAUGUGACUGAGACUUUCACCCUGGAGGUGACGAUGGACUGGUGGUCUAACGGUUACUGGAUUCUCAUUGACUUGUGGUCUAAGGCUUGGCUCUUGUAUGCAGUGGUCAACCUUUAUAAAAGAAAUGUCCUUGGUCCCGAAAUCCACCCCCCAGUAUUUUACCUGAUGUGGACCAUGAUUAACAUUGCAAGGAUGUGCAGUAUGUCUCUAUGGGACAGACACGAUAUACUUGGAGCCGUCGUACUUGGGUGGAUUCUCACAGUCCUCAGCUUCUACAUGCUCUACGUGUCCUACUCCAACCUCGACAAGCACAAGGCCUGGUUAACCAUUAACAACCCUGGUGUGAUCUCGUGGACACGUUACCUGACCCAGAAUGGUUUGGCAGUGUUUGCUUGGUGGUCUCUCUUGAACGCUUUGGUGGGUCUUGGCAUCGUGCUCAAAUACAAAGCCUCUGUGCCAGACCCACUGAUGAGCACCAUUGUCCUCACCAUAGUCUCCUCCUGCACUGUAAUAUGGUUUAUCCUACAGAGCUGCCUGUUAGCAAAGUACCUGCGCUACACAUUCAGCGUUUACGCCAUUCUAGUUCUGGGCCUUGGUGCGAUGUUCACCAGAAGCUAUCGUUUCCAUGAUCUCGGCGCAAACACGGUCUAUUGUGGUUUCCUUAUGCUCCUGAUGACCAUCAUGAGCUUGAUCCAUUUGAUCUCUGCAUGUUUCCACACGGAUAAGUCGAGCACGGAGCCCUAUGUGAGAUUUAAGGGCUGUGAGACAGUGUGGCACACUGACCUUAGAAGCGACAGCGUCAAGAACGACCUUUGCAAAAUCUGAGUUCAUGUGGUAAAAGAAAACAAUCAAAUGAAUCAACUUACAUCAUGCAAGUGUGCACUUUACAUUAAUCACCCAAAGGAGGGCAGCAUAUACUAGCUUCACACUGAGAAUGUGAUAUGACAAACAUCUCUAUGUUGCACCAGAAGAUGGCACAGUGGUUCAAGCUUGGAGAGAGAAAGUCACGAUAUAAAGCAUAUGAUUCAAAACUAAAUUUCAUCGCUUCAAAAAACUCCAAAGCAAUCAAAACAAAUUAAAAGGAUAUUAUCCAGUGUGGUUCAUACUCCUUUUGUUUUUUGAGGCCAAAUUUGAUUUUUGUCUAUGUUCAAAACAACAACAAAAAAACCUAAUGCACAUGUUUCUUUUGGCCAUAACAUUUUCUAGAUUGGUGAACAAACAAAGUUCAUUCAAACCCUGUAAACCCUCUCCCACUCCCUCUCUGCAUCUCUCUCUGUGUCUCUUACGUGAUUCAGCAGAGAAUCAAGCAUACCCAAGUUUAUAAGUGCCCUCUUUCUUGCUUUAAAGAACGGAAUAUCAAACAUGACCGAUGGCUGUGAGCUCGACCUUUGAUGAGGAUGCUGAGCUAAAUAGAACCCAAGCUCAGAUGAAAGCAGCAGAGAGAAAAAAAGACAAUAUAAAUACAAUGUAUGCAUGGACACAGUGACUACACAGCUGAGCAAAUUGGUCUCCAUAUACAGCACAGUUUUUUU